AUGUGUCGCUGUGUCCGUGGUUCUCGUUGUAAUCCUUCUGUUCUCUCUGCAGUGAGUUUUGAGUUUGGCAGAGCCGUGUGGCUGAGAUUCUACCCGUCGGCGUACCCUCCGUGUCCUCACCCCAGUUUUGUGGCCCACCUUGGCGGGGUGCUGGUGGGCAUUACGCUGGGAGUGGUGAUUCUCAGGAACUUUGAGCAGAGACUCCAGGACCAGUCACUCUGGUGGAUCUUUCUCAGCAGCUACAUCAUGUUUGUGGCAUUUGCCGUGUUAUGGAACGUCUUCGCCUUCUCCAUGCCGGGGCUGAGAUUACCGCCACUGCCUUAG